GCUCGGCUGCGUGCAACGGGCGGGCUGGGACGCAGCAGCCUCGCUUUCGUGUCCUGCUGCUCCGCUCGACUGUCCGUAGUGGCUGCUGCUGCUGCUCUCCGCGACCCUGCCAGCAAGCAUGAAGUGCGGCGGCACCAGCGACGCCAAGCCGGCCACGGCAGAGACGCAGCAAAUCGUCCAGGAGGUGAAGCCACAGGUGGAAGAAAAAGAAGGCAAGCGUUUUGAGGUCUUCGAUGCUGUUGAGUUCAAAACACAGGUGGUUGCUGGAAUGAACUACUUCAUCAAGGUCCAUGUUGGCAAUGCAGAGUACAUUCAUGUACGAAUAUUCAAAAGCCUCCCUCAUGAAAACAAGCCACUCGCGCUCACCAGUUACCAAAGCAAGAAAGCAAAACAUGAUGAACUGACUUUCUUCUAGAGGGCUUUGAAAGUCUCUUUCCAGUACAUUUAAAAAAAAUCAGUAUGAUGUUCACAAAGGCAAAAAAUACUUUCUUUUUCACUAGUUCUCUUCCAAGUAUGUCAAUUUAAAUAAUCAUUGACUUAACUCUUUCUUGAUCAUGCUAAAUCUGUUAUACAUACUGGACAUUAUAUUCACACAAAUUAAAUCAUGUUAGACUUUGAUGUAUGAUUUCAUUGGUGUGUGGCCAACUAUCUCCUCACUAUCCAAUCCUGCAGGUAAAUAAAAAGUUUGCUGGC